AGUUCUAACUUUCGAACACCAAAUAGAUUUCUAGGGAAGGGGUGCGACACAAACGACUCAAAACCCUACUGAAAACAGCACCAGCGUACCAGCUGAAGAAGACGACGGAGAAGCACUGUCACGCAAUAGCAGCAAUAGAAGGAGAAGAUGGGAAAACUUCCACCAUCACUCAGGUCUGCGAAAUUCCCAAUCACUCUUCUCAAAAACCCUCCUUCAAUUCCCCCUCAACUACCACAAUCCCCACCACCAACCAUACAACACCCUCACAUUCCCAAGAAAAUCCCGAAGAAACUCAAGUCCUCCAACACCCAAAGCCGAAACCCCCCAUCCAUCACCUUCAACUCCCCCAACCUCUCAGAAGCCAAAACCCUUUUCAAUUCUCUCACCAAAUCCUCCAAGUCCCCUCCACUUGACAUCAAAUUUUGUAACUCACUCCUUCAAUCUUUUUCUUCCAUAUCAACCCUCCAAGAUUCGAUCUCUCUCGUCAACCACUUCGUGAAGACUCAACCAACUUUUUCCCCAGAUAGAUCCACUUACCACAUCCUUCUUAACCAGUCUUGCAAAUUACCCAAUCCUUCUCUUUCCUAUGUCCACCAAAUUCUCAAUUACAUGACCACACACAAUUGUCCCCCCAACAAAGAUUCCAUUGACAUCGCGGUCCGGGCCCUUUGCUCCUCUGGCCGUGAAGAGGACGCUGUUGAACUUGUCAAAGAAUUUUGCCACAAAAAUUUGCCUCCGGAUUCCUAUACUUAUAACUUCCUCAUCAAACAGCUUUGUAAAAACCGGACAAUGAGUACUGUCGACAACUUUAUCAAAGAAAUGAAGGAGUUUUCUGAUUUAAAGCCCGACCUUGUGACACAUACAAUCAUGAUUGACAAUGUUUGUAACGGUAAGAAUUUAAGGGAAGCGACACGGUUAUUGGGAGUAUUGAUUGAAGAAGGAUUUAAACCAGAUUGUUACGUGUACAAUACCAUUAUGAAGGGAUAUUGUAUGUUGAGUCAAGGGGGUGAGAUUUUAGGGGUGUAUAAGAAAAUGCAGAAGGAGGGGGUCAAACCGGAUCUUGUAACAUAUAAUAUUUUGAUUUUCGGGUUAUCGAAGUCAGGAAGAGUUAAGGAAGCUCGGAAGUUUUUGGAUGUCAUGGUGGAAAUGGGUCAUUUUCCGGAUGCAGUUACGUACACAUCAUUGAUGAAUGGGAUGUGUAGGCAGGGUGACCCGUUAGGGGCACUGGCAUUAUUAGAGGAGAUGGAUGCAAAGGGUUGCAGUCCUAAUUCGUGCACGUAUAACACAUUGCUUCAUGGGUUGUGUAAGUCAAGGUUGUUGGAGAAGGGGAUUGAGUUGUAUGGUGUGAUGAAAGAUGGUGGAAUGAAACUCGAGACAGGGUCUUACGGGACAUUUGUGAGGGCACUUUGUAGAAAUGGUAGGAUUGCAGAAGCUUAUGAAGUGUUUGAUCAUGCAGUGGAGAGUAAGAGUCUGACUGAAGUUGCUGCUUACUCAACAUUGGAGAGUACUCUCAAGUGGUUGAAGAAUGCUAAAGAACAUGGACUUGCUGGAGGGAUGGGUUAAAAAUCUUUGAUUGGAAGGCAAACCAUUAACUCCAUGAAUUUUUAAUUCAAGCAUCUUUGGUGCUACUGUUUCUAGGAAGUUGUCGUCCUUUCAGGUCAUGAAGCAGUUGGAAAUUGAAGGUUGGAAUUAACGGCAUUCUUUGCAGAUUCAGUAGCCGUCAUUUUAAGGAUGGAAUAAAACUAAGGAACUUUCUCUGCAUUCAGCUCCCUAUUUAUUCCCAAGGUUGCAAAUGAGCUCUGGGGCAGCCACUGAAAGUCACAGGACAUCACAUGUUCGAAUGUUUUCAGCUGAUAAACCAAAUCAUGCACCAAUUUCUUGUGGAGGCUUUCAACCUGCUUCAUCUUUAGACCAUGUUUCUUAAGUAAAUUCUACUUCUUUACCAUAACAGUAUUGUAUGAAUAGACUGCAAGUCACGUUUUAAUUAUAGAAAUUUCGAUGAUGAUGAUGGUGUUGUGAACAUGAGUAUUCUCAAAGGUGAUUGGGGUGCUUGUUUGAACAUUGAAAGAAUAGGGUUUUUUGGGAGGUUCUGCUUCUUGGAUGGUGAUUAUGGAAAAAUGGGAGCUCCUGAUUCUGACGAUAAACUGUUGGAGGUGGUGAGAAGAAGAAAGACGAUGCAAUGGGCGUUGAAAUUGCCCUAGUUUUGGGUACUUGCAACCUUAGCUAUUGGUUGCUUCCUCCCACCUUUAUCUACCAGAGUAGGUACCUGCUAACUGUGUUUGGGUUGUCUGCUGGGUCCCAUGCAACUAGAGACGAUCAGGUGUUGCCCAAUUGGACGAGUACCCUCCAAGUGGGCCUCAGAUUGAAAUCAAAUCAUGACAUUGUUCAGGUCUUGAAUGGUAGACUAUAGACCGGACCUAUUGGGUUGUGGAGUCGUUUAUUUGUAUAUCCAUUAAAGAGGAUUGUUUCAAAAUCAUAGUUAUCUGUAAGAGAUCA